UAUAAUUCUUAUUGCUCUUUUUGUAACUAUAAUAGGAAGACUAUUAGUUAUGUAUGCAUUAUCUCUGGGCAGUAAGUCAUAUAAGGAAGCAGCGAAGAACAAUAGAGUGAGUGUAAUGAUUCCUUGUUCAGGAAAUACUUUGUUUUGUACACAAUUGCAACGGAUUUUGACAUUUUUAUUUUCACGUGAUUUAUGUGGGACUUCCAGUUAAGCUUAUCAUAAACUAUCACUCUUAAGACAUUUAUUUUCAUUUACUGUUACAGUUUCAAGUCCAUGAACCCUGAUUUUCAAAGCAUUAUUCAUUAGUCUUGUGCCAAAAAUAAUGUGUUUUGUUUAUAUUUAACGAUAGCUUAUUUAUAUUCAACCAGUUUUUAAGUAUAUUUGAUUCUUUUUCCACCGUAGUCAGGAGCUGUUCAAGGUUCUUAUCUGAGCAGUACAGAGUGGUAUCAUCAGCAAACAAUACAUAUUUGAACAAUUUAGAAACAUUGCACAUAUCAUUUAUAUAUAUAAUAUAAAAAAUGUAGGGCCUAGCACUGAGCUCUGAGGAACACCACUAAUUAUCUUCAACUGCUUAGACUUUACACUGUUUAUUUCAUCAUAUUGAUAUCUGUCAUCCAGGUAACUUUUCAUCCAUUUAUGCAAUCCCUCUUAUGCCAUAUCUCUCUAGUCUAUUCAUUAAUAUAGAAUGAUUGAUUGCAUCAAGUGCUUUUUGUAAGUCUAUAAAAACACCGACAGCAUCUUCCUUGUUAUCUAUUGCCGUUGACAUCCCUUCUACAAGUUCCAUCACUGCCAUCGAAGUGGACCUUUUCUCCCUAAAGCUAUAUUGGUUGUCAUUUAGUAGAUUGUGCUUCUCUACAUAUUUAUCAAGUCGAUCAGCAAAUAAUUUUUCUAAAAUGUUUGAGAACUGUGGAAGUAGUGAUAUUGGUCUGUAGUUAGUAAAUUGACACCUCUCUCCGUUUUUAUGAAUGGGAAUAACUUCAUGUUUGAGGGGAACGUGCCGGAUUACAACCGUAUGUGAGAGGCUGCACUAUGUAUUCUAUAAUAUUUUAACUAACAUCAUGUCAGUACCAAAACAAUCUGUGGAACGUUUGUGUUUAAGUAUUUUCACAAUAUCAGGUAUUUCUCUUAGGCUAAAAUAGAGCCUAAUUCCAUCCUGUAGUUGUUUUUUUUUUUAAACACAGAGCAGUUUUGUUUACCUGUUUUCCCGCUACGUUUCGUUUGCGACUGCAAACUUCCUCAGGCUCAGCUCAGGCUACAGAAACUAGAGCCUGAUUUUCACGCAGGCGCAGGCAGGGACAGCCCGGCCGGUCUUUGGGGUCCUUCGCGUGGCACUAAUAAACAAGUAUGGCGGAGGAGUUCAGCUGAGCUUCUCUGAGUAAACGGUUAAAGGUUUCAGUGAAAAUGACUCAUUUUUAAUCGGAACAUCUCGCGGAUGCGAGCUGUUCGGACCGGUUCGGGCGAGAGGAGAAGUUCGGGGGAGAAUGAGCGGCUGGGCGGGCUUUUCUGAUGAGGAGCUUCGGAGAAUCCACCAGAAAGACGCCGGGGCCGCGUUCCGCGGGCGGAAGCCUCCAGCCAGCCGGACUCGGCAGCAGCUACAGCGGGAGCAGGCACUUCAGUUAGCCGGCUCAUGCAGCCUCCCUCCGGCGCAGCAACUCAACAAACUCCCGGUGAAGGAAGAGUCGGAGCCCGCAGCCCGGCCCGGAGCUGCAGCUGUCGGAAAGGAGGUCCAGCCGAAACCCGCGGACAUGCAGCCGAAGGAGGAGGAGGCGCAGGAGGUCAAAGAGUUGGAGAAACAAGAGGUGGAACUGCGUGAAAAGACCCGUCUGGAGCAGCUGCAGCAGGAGCAGAAACGAAUCGAAGAGCGAAACAAACGCAAAAAGGCCCUGCUGACCAAAACUAUCGCAGAGAAAUCCAAGCAGACUCAAGCCGAGGCAGUGAAGCUGAAGAGAAUCCAGAGAGAGCUGCAGGCUCUCGAUGACAUGGUGUCUAACGACAUCGGCAUCCUGAGGGGCAGGAUCGAGCAGGCCAGCUGGGACUACUCUGCUGCCAG